GCAGACCGAUACAUACGUUAACCCGUUCAGAGCUCCCGCGAGACGGAUCGGAGGUGCGUGCGUUCGUGUUUCUGUUUCGUUGCUGGUAUUGUUUAUUUUCAUUUGGUUUUGGUCGCCUACCGCCCGCGUUGGGUUUUGGUUCGAUUGUUUGUGAUAAGCGCCAGUGGUUUUGUUUAUGGUUUGUCCGCAGACCAGCGUCGCCGUGAGGCGGAAAAGGUGAAUCGGCAAUCGAUUGGUGUCCGAGCUCUGUCUGUUUCGUUGACAUUAUUUCGCGACGCACUCGGCGCGGAUUGCUGUGGGGUGCUGCGGAGGUGCUUCCACACGGUCCCAGUGGAAUCACUAAUGAGCGGGUCAACAAGUAAUAGGUUCUUCGCAAGCGGCCAUUAUUAACGGGGAGAUUGAACCGUGCCUUAAUGUUGACACAAUGUUGACAUAAUAUUCUGUUGUAAGUGCCAAGUUUUUGAAUAUUAUCCUUUAUAACACACAAGAGAAAGAGCGAUCACGAGUGAGAACGAAACGACCGCGCGUUUGUGUGUGGCAUUAAAAGGAGCUUCCAGCACAGUGCCCGUUUGUUCGGGGUCAACGAGGUGGCCAAAGGGAAAGCAACAGCGCCACCGAGACAGAGAGACGUAACAGCAGCAGCAGCGCGGCAACGGCCUAUUGUGCGAUACGCGAGACUCCGAGAUGGCGCUCUGAGACUCCCGGCUGCCAACCGAGUAUCCACUUCCAAGGAACGGAUGAAACAGUUUCGAGUCAGCAUCAGUGCGUGAACCAUUGAAGCGUGAUAAAACGAUAAACGACAUACACUCGGACCCAUCAUGUUCAAGUUACUCGGGGGCCUGAAGCAGUACUUCAAGUGGCAGGACAUCCAGACGGACAACAUCGUGUUUCGGUUGCACAACACGUUCACCACGGCCUUGCUGCUCGCCUGCAGUCUUAUCAUCACGGCCACCCAGUAUGUGGGCAACCCGAUCAGUUGCAUUGUCGGCGGCGUGCCGUCCCAUGUCGUCAACACGUUUUGCUGGAUCUCCAGCACGUUCACCAUGCCGGAUGCGUUCCGGCGGCAGGUUGGGCGGGAAGUGGCCCAUCCCGGUAUAGCGAACGACUUUGACGAUGAAGAUGCGAAAAAAUAUUACACCUACUACCAAUGGGUGUGCUUUGUGCUGUUCUUCCAAGCAAUUGCGUGUUACACGCCGAAGUUCAUCUGGGACGCCGUCGAGGGUGGACUGAUGCGCAUGAUCGUGAUGGGGCUGAACAUUGGGGCGUGCAAGGAGCAGGAAAAGUGUGCCAAAAAGCAGGUCCUGCUCGACUAUCUGCUCGGCCACCUGAAGCACCACAAGAUCUACGUCGUGCGGUACUGGGUCUGCGAGGCGCUGUGCUUCAUCAACAUCGUCGUCCAGCUGUGGCUGAUGAAUCAGUUCUUCAACGGAGAGUUCAUCUCGUACGGCUGGGAUGUGCUCCAGUACUCGGACCAACCACAGGAGCAAAGGGGCGACCCGAUGGUGUACGUGUUUCCGCGCGUCACAAAGUGCAACUUCUACAAGUACGGUCCGACCGGAAGCAUUCAGAAGCACGACGCCAUGUGCAUACUGCCGCUGAAUAUCGUCAACGAGAAAACGUACAUUUUCAUCUGGUUCUGGUACAUCAUACUGGCCACGCUUCUCGCGGGACUGAUUAUCUACAGGGCGAUCAUCAUUUUUGUGCCCUCGGUGCGGGCCCGGUUGCUGAACGCCCGGAACCGGAUGGUGCCGCGCGAUGUUGCGAAAACGAUCUCGGACAACAUGGACCUCGGCGACUGGUGGAUUGUGUACAUGCUGGCCACCAAUCUCGAUCCCCUCAUCUACAAAGACAUUGUCACGGAACUGUCCAAACGGAUAAAGCUAAAUGAACCCGAAAGUGAGGAGAAGCGCAUGCACUGAACGCUCUGAAAGCACACCAAACGUGACCACUAAUAUGCUGCCACACACACACACACGCACACAUGGAGCGGAAUCUGUGUCGAUGCGACCAUUGGACGAAAAACAGGUUUCCCUGCGUGGCACGAAACAAACGCAUUCCUACGAAGCACGGGUCGUUCAAAAAUUGGAUCCGGACAUUCCGAUGUAGUGUUUCGCGCAAAAAUCGAAUCUCUAUUCCUGUUAUUUCUGAUAAUUUUUAUUUUAUACCUUCAUAUUUAUACUCGAAUUAACGGCGACUAAAUUGUAAGGAACGACUUUUCAUCGCCCAUGGCAAAGCUAUGAGGGAGACAAUCUUGUGUAUUAGAUGGACGCCACCUAACCAAUGUCGGGGGGUGGCAUUAGAGCGACUGUUAGAAAUAGGAAGCAAAACGCACACAGCGGAGCGCACAACGUUACUAAAACUUCCUUCAGCCGAACAACAGGACGAUAAUGUAGAACAUCGAUAGAGUAGAAAAAAAUGACGAGUGAUGAAUGCAUCAUUAAGCCACAAAAGACAGACAAAAAGGUAGACAGAUGUGGAAAUGUGAAAAUUGGCUUUGAAACCAAUCGGAGAGAGUAUUAACGAAUGUCGAAAUAAAACAGAAAAACACUUCAGCACACACA